ACUGUUUUUCCCAGCAUCCAGAACCAGCAUCGCAUCUUCGCCCCAGUCUCAGUGUCAGUUUUCGUCCGGAUGGCUUCGUGUGCGCAACGGUUUUCGGAGGUGCCGUGAUUGCCCGGUUUCGUUUCUUUCUUUUUUGUGUGCGUUUCGAAUCUUUCGCCGUCGUUGUCCUCGCCGCACACCAAACCAGACGGUCGAGCGUGUACGCACUCGUGUCCUCAUACCACCACCGCCGCCACCACCUGUUCUUCUAAGCAAGCAAGCAAACAGCGAGAUGUUUUCCCGUGCACCGUUUUCGUUUAAUUACUUGUUCUGUUUUCCCCCAUUUCCUUCGCGUUCUUUCGCUUUGUAAGGACUGUGUGUGUGUUAACACAGAGCGAGUUUUAAUUGUGCCCAUAAGAAAUGGGGUGAAACAGAAUCGUCGUUAGAGUGCAAAGGGAAAGAGAGAGGCAGAGAGAGAGAGUGAGAGAAAGUGGCAGUGAGAGGGAGAAAACAAACUGUUAGCAACAGCCUCCGCGAUUUCGCCAAACAGCAGUGUGUCUCGUCCCGACGGACACACUCGCACAGACGGAUUCCUUGUCUGUCUGAUGCUGGUCUGCGCUGAUGCGCUACCCCGCGUCUUAUCAGUACGCAUAUCAUCAGUGGCCGUUGUGCGUAAGGGACGCGUGUGUUCACUCUGUGUGUGCGUGUGUCGGUCGGUCGCUGUGUGGGGCGCGCGUAAGCAAAGAAGAGCGGCUAAGUGCAACCAGCCUCGGACACGGCAAGGAAGUCGUCAUUCGCGCGGAAGAGUGUGCGUUGGGCGACGGGGCGUGCAAUGUUUGUCGUUUUCCGAAGGUUUCACUGCUUGCCCCGCACUGCUGCAGAGGUUAGCUGCUGUUGACGUUAUGUUGUGUGCGCCUGUUGAUUGGGUUCGACUUGCGAAGGAAGGAACGAUGUGCGCCAUCAAUCUUUUGAUUAAUUUCCACUGCUGAAACCGUUCCAGUGCAGUGGUUGCGGCACGGUUUAACCAUAACGGUGGUCCAAGUGCGAAUGAUCCGCGGUACCAAGGAUAAGAGAGGAAAACAAAUAAUCAAUAUAAUGUCGAUGCCGAUGCUGGCCGCCACCGCCGUCAUCGUCCCCGUCGUGCGUGGUGUGUAAAUGGGCAGGCCCCGGUGGAGCAGGUGAUAAGCGAUCCAAGUGCCGGCGGGUGAAGUGAAGUGCAGCUUAAACAAAAAGGAAAUCGACAAAAAAAGGAGUAGCAAUAAGAGUGCGUGUGUGUGUGUGUGUGCUCCCUCGCAUUUGGGGACAGAGUAUCGGAGGGUGCGAGAGUUUUUGGGGUUCACGCCGGAAAACGAGAUUGUGCACGUACGCAAUCUCUUGGCGAGGCACUUUCCGGCACUUCUGCCACAAACUGGUGGAUAAUGUAACCCCCUCUCACACAUCGAUAAUUCCGUGCAGCGAAGUACUUGUGGAAAAGGGUGUGAAAAAAGUGAAAAAGUGCCGGGAAGAAAAACAGGGGAAAGUCUGCUCCUCUGUGUCCUUCUGGGCAGAGUGUGUGUGUGUGUGUGUGUGUGUGCGUGAAGGAUUGGAAUUUGAACGAGUGACGAUGAUGGGGCUUCGUCCUUCGGAGUGCCGUGGCAACCCGCGCGAAGGUUGCCACCAUCGGCAGGCACCACCGGCGACGAUGCGAAAUCGUAAACCGUCCCGGGCGGCCGUUGGAGCACCGCGACCGUCCGGAUGGGUGCCGGCGAUCGUCAUGGUGAUCGUUGCCAUUAAUCAGCUUACCGAAGGGCUGGAGCUGAACGAAACGCUGAUAACGCGGCGGCAUCAGCAGCACCGGUACACGAUUGAUGAGCUGCUCGAUGCGCGCUUUCCCAAGAGCAUCUCCGGCGACAUCGAUAUGGACCCGUGCAAAUCGAGUGGAUUUAUGGGCGACAUCGCUAUGCCGAACGUAAAUUACGAAACCGAGUGGCAGCGACAGCGUAUGAACAAGAGCCUCGAGCAGGACAUCGUGAAGCUGAAGCAGGAAGUCUACCUCGAGGGGCUGCAGGUCGAGGAGGAAGGCAUGACGGAUAUGAUACGGAAGAAGACGAAACAGCGCGCCUCCACGCCGCUGUCCGGCAUGACGUCGGCCACCGGUGGGGCGUAUGCGCAUUCCGGCACAUCGUACGAAAGCGAAAAUUCCAUCACGGACAGUUCCGGCGAACCGCCGGUAAAGGCCACCAUCAUCGACAAUCGGGACAACAUAAUAGUUCCCCGCGAGCCCGAAACAACCGUUGCCGGUGGCGUUGGUGGUGACGGGGAACGUACAGGUGAGAAAAAAGCGACCACCGCAAACAAAAAGAAUGCGACCGGUGCCGUGCGGAACAUUGACCACGAUCGGAUCCAGUCCGACACGAAGGACAUCGUUAUCGACUCGAUCAGUGACAAUAUUAUCAGCAACAAUCACGUCAGCAGCCGGAAAGUGGCCACCUACGCCUUACCGACCAAGCCGCCAACUGCGGUGACUGCUGCCGCUGGGUCGCAUUCCGUCAGCACGGAUAGCCAUCCGGCAAAGGUAGCAGCCGGAAGCAACGAAACUAAACCAAUGUCGAGCAUACUUGCGGUGGUGAAGCUUGCGAGCAGCGGCGGCAACGGAGAGCAGGAUGCAGUUGGACAGGCCGGUACGCGUACCCGCAGACGUCACCGUCGUCGACGUCGACAGCAGCAACAUCCCCGGCUGCACGAUGCGGACCAUACCGGUGAUGAUCCAAAGUCAAAAACCACAUCCGGCAAGACCCCACUGAAGAACGACGGUACGGUGGUCAACAAAAACUCGUACCAUUCACGGUUGGAACGUUUGCGCGUGGAGCUCGGCACGGUAACGUACUCGGUGCGGGAUCGCAACCUCCGAUCGAGCCACCAUAACCAGCAUCACCAUCCGGACGAGGAGCCUCUGGCAGAACGUAGCUCACAAAACCGUACACCGAGAAAGAAGCGGCGCCGGACCGGAGGUGAUAGCCCGCGGCGCAACCAUCAGCAUCAGGAUGUCAUCGCUAACGACGGCCGAAAGCCGCCGCCGACAGCGAACGGCAACGAUGACGGCAAUAGAAGCGAACAGCGUGCAAACGUUGACAUCGAUAGGGCCAGUUCGGUGGACGGGAUGAAACAGCACGGUGAGGCGCACGGGUACGACAAGUCCUACCAUCCUCGCGCUCAACCACAGCACCAACAGCAUCGCCAUCGUUCUGAGCAUCAUCACCUGCACGAACAAGCACACGGAACGCACUUCACCCAUGCCGAGCCGAACGUAGGUGCCGACAAUGGUAUGAAUUUGCAUUUCAGACCGGACCAUAAAGCACCGGCCCGGGCGGGGAAAGCUCAAGAUCCACCCGAACCGCAGCACUUACCUGUUGAAGACGACAUCGACGACGACGAAGCGGACAGCGGCCACAUUUACUACGCAUCCGAGCGUGACGAACACGAGCACCAGCAGCAUCAUCGCACGAUACGGGCGGCGACCGCUAAGAAGGAACGCAUCUGGGACUUUGGUGUAAUACCGUACGAGAUCGACGGCAACUUUAGCGGCAUGCACAAGGCCCUGUUCCGGCAGGCGAUGCGCCACUGGGAAAACUAUACCUGCAUCAAAUUCGUCGAGCGCAAUCCCAUUGACCAUCCGAACUAUAUCGUCUUUACGGAGCGUGCCUGCGGCUGCUGUUCGUUUGUCGGCAAGCGGGGCAAUGGGCCACAGGCCAUCUCGAUCGGUAAGAAUUGCGACAAGUUCGGCAUUGUGGUGCACGAGCUCGGGCACGUGGUAGGCUUCUGGCAUGAGCAUACCCGCCCGGACCGGGAGAACCACGUCGUGAUCGAGAAGAACAACAUCGUGGUCGGGCAGGAGUACAACUUCAACAAGCUGACGGAGGACGAGGUAAACUCGCUCGGACUGCCGUACGACUACGACUCAAUCAUGCAUUACGCACGCAACACGUUCUCGAAGGGUACCUAUCUCGAUACGAUCUUCCCGAUUGAGAUGCCCGGUCGCAAGCGGCCUGAAAUUGGGCAGCGGUUGCGACUGAGCGAGGGUGACAUCGCACAAGCUAACCUGCUCUACAAGUGUGCUAAAUGUGGACGCACGUUUCAGGAAAACUCGGCCAGCUUUACCUCCCCGACGUACUACUCCACCACACCGCCAACCGAACCGGAACGGUGCGAGUGGCGCAUCACGGCUACGCACGGCGAAAGGAUAGUGCUCAACAUAACCGAUCUGGAUAUUUACAAAUCAAACAGCUGCCGGUCGGAUUAUCUCGAGAUACGGGAUGGCUACUGGCACAAGUCGCCGAUACUGGGGAAAUUUUGCGGCUCCGGCAAGGUGAACGAGCUGAUCCGGUCCACCGGUAGCCGUAUGCUGCUCACGUACACGACCACCUUCCGGCAGGCAUCGAUGCGGGGCUUUGCGGCCAACUACGAAGCAAUCUGUGGCGGCGAUAUGAACCUCGAAUCGGGCGGGCGGCUCGAAUCGCCCAACUACCCCGUCGACUACCUGCCGAACAAGGAGUGCAUCUGGCGGAUAACCGUGCCGAAAGACUACCAGGUCGCGCUCAAGUUCCAAUCGUUCGAGGUGGAAAACCACGACAACUGCGUGUACGACUACGUCGAGGUGCGGGACGGCGGGUCAGCCGAUUCGCGGCUUAUCGGCGUGUUCUGUGGGUACAAAAUACCGCCCGACAUGAAGUCAACGUCCAACAAGCUGUUCGUGAAGUUCGUCUCGGACGGAUCGGUGCAGAAGGCGGGCUUUUCGGCCACCUUCAUGAAGGAGGUGGACGAGUGCGAGCACAUGGACCAUGGCUGCGAGCACGAGUGCAUCAACACGCUCGGGGGGUACGAGUGUGCCUGCUACAUCGGGUACGAGCUGCACAGCGAUAAGAAAUCGUGCGAAAAUGCUUGCGGAGGUCAGCUGGACACGCCGAAUGGCACAAUCCUAUCGCCGUCCUUCCCGAAGGAGUACCCGAUCAUGAAGGAGUGCGUGUGGGAGAUAGUGGCGUUGCCGCAGCACAAAAUCACGCUCAACUUUACCCACUUCGACCUGGAGGGCAACACCUUCUACCAGGCGUCCGAGUGCGAGUACGACUACGUGGCGGUGCUGUCGAAAAGCCCGGACGGUACGCUGCACAAGCACGGCUCGUACUGUGGGUACACCGUGCCGGCACCGAUUACGUCCGAGUGGAACAUCCUGCGGGUGGUGUUCAAGUCCGACAAGACGAUCCAGAAGACGGGCUUUGCCGCCGUUUACUUUACCGACAUCGAUGAGUGUGCCGUCAACAAUGGCGGAUGCCAGCAGGAGUGCAAAAACACGGUCGGCUCGUACGUGUGCUCGUGCCGGAACGGGUACACGCUGCACGACAAUGGGCACGAUUGCAAGGAGAGUGGCUGCAAGCACGAAAUCUUUACACCGCACGGCCAAAUCCUCAGCCCCAACUAUCCGGAUUACUAUCCACCGAAGAAGGAUUGCAUCUGGCACUUUACCACGACGCCCGGCCAUCGGAUACGGUUGGUGUUCAAUGUGUUCGAUAUUGAGCCACAUCAGGAAUGCGCAUACGACCAUAUCGUCAUCUAUGACGGCAACUCGCCGGACAGUCACACGCUGGGCCGGUUCUGUGGUGCCAAAAUCCCCCACCCCAUCUCGUCGUCCUCCAACCAGAUGUACAUGGUGUUCAAUACGGACACUAGCGUCCAGCGCAAGGGUUUCUUCGCCAGCCACUCGACCGCUUGCGGGGGCCGCCUGAAGGCGACCGAGGUAAAGAACCACUUCUACUCGCACAUCAAGUUCGGCUCGGGCAUGUACGACAAUGGGGCCGACUGCGAAUGGACGAUCGUGGCGGAUUCGGGCCAGAACGUGCAGCUCAAGUUUCUCAGCUUCGAGCUGGAGGAGGAAAAGAUGUGCUCGUACGACUACGUCGAGGUGUACGGCGGACUGGACGACGAGAGUGGCCCCCUGCACGGAAAGUACUGUGGCAAUGCGAAUCCACCGGAAAUCAUCUCGAUGCACGAGGCGCUCAUGGUGCGGUUCCGGUCGGACGACACGGUUGGAUUCAAGGGCUUUUCGGCUGCGUACGUCGCCAUCAAAUCGAACGAUGACGUGCUGACCACCGACGAAGAAGGUUCUGAUAGUUCCGAUAUCAUCCCGUUUCCCGGUUCACUAAAAACAGUGUUCAUCAAACAGGGCGAAGAUAUGGACGAGGAGGAGGAGGACGACGAUAUCGAUUAUGAGAUCUACCCGAACCGACCGGCCAACAGUAAGGUGCACGUCGCGGUGCACAACGAAAUACGCUCAUCUCAGGCGAUUGACUGAAACAUAAUCAAAUACUUUGCCACGUAAGGUGGUGCAGUGCGCGCGCGCCAUCGGUAUCAUCCAGGCCACCGAUCCGCCCCAGCACACAUGCACGCAUCGAGAGGGAGAGGGGAAAAGAGAUGGAGAGAGACGAGAGAGACCCUACGCGAGCUGCCAACUUCAUGGACAAUAUACUAUCGACCUAACCGCGACGCGCGUUGUUCCACCAGCCAUACCAGCAGCCUCCGUCCACAAUGAGCAGAUUGUUAGAGAGGCCCCCUUGCUACAAUGGGGUUCAAGUACAGUACAGACGCGAACACCAACCGGUGUGGCCGGAAGUGCAAGUGGCAAGCAUGUUCUGUACUUGAGUUCUUUCCAAAACAGGUUCACUCAUUGCUGGACAUUAACUACAUUCGUCACAAUGGACGUGCUCAUGUCUUCCCCGUGUGUGGCGUAGGGGAUUAUUAGCCAAACAAAACGACCGUUUCGAGGGAGCGUGAAAUGGGAAAGAAGCUCCCCAAAUGUAGAUAGAACACAAACACUCACCCAGGGUAGGGGGGCGCUGGUUAGGAAGGUAUAAAGAGUCUCGUAAGGAACACAAUCGUGCAAAGGCGCGAUCGUUGAGAUAUGCGUGUACUCUACAGUGAACCAAAAUUGUAGUAAAUAAUUUUAGCAGCCAGUAAUGAGCCAUAUGCC